AUGUCAGGCAGCAAUGGCGCAGAGGGAUCCUCUGCUACUUCCAGCUCUAGCAGGAAAAAGAUGGCCUAUCUAGGCCCAGCGGGGACUUAUGGGCAUCAGGCGGCGAAGCAAUUCGCUUCAGGCCUUGGUAUACAGCAAAUCGACCUCGAUCUAGUCCCUUGUCCAACCAUACUUGAUAUCUACCGCAAUGAAGCCGACUACCUCGUCAUGCCUCUGCAGAAUAUCAUACACGGCGGCGUGACAGAUACGAUCGAUUCACUUCUAUCGCCUAUCGCGGGACCCUCGCGUCAGUCUGCUUAUCCAAGGAUCAUAGCGGAUCUGGACUUGCCUAUCAAGCACAGUCUGGUCGCUCGGCGGGGCACAAGGAUGGAGGAUAUCCGCUGGGUCAGGAGCCAUGAACAGGCAAUAGGUCAAUCCUCGGCUUUUCUGGACCAACAUCUCCCGACCGCAAAGAGGAUACCGUGGCCAUCCACGGCCGGUGCAGCCAUGUCCCUACUGGAUGAAACGCUGGACACAGAUGUGGAAGGAGCAGGAGCGGCAAUAUGCUCGGCUUCUGCAGUAGCGGAUCAGUCUGAGCUGGAAGUGCUGUAUGAAGGCACACAGGCCAUCAACGACAACUUCACCCGCUUCGUACUACUCACUCGUCUUCCGCCUGGUGACAUUCCAAUACCUCGCUCGCGACCCCCAUCCAGCUUCUACGCCCUCACGCAUCCAUCUCUCCUUGCUCAAUUCCCUUCUGCAUCUCUUCGCGCUAUCCACACUCGUCCAGACCCAUCUCGAGCCAUUUCCAGCUCUGACACCACUUCGGGCGAUAGCGCAUCCCCGGUGGAGAGAUAUCCGUCCGUGUAUCUCGUGGAGGUGGAGCAUACACCAAAUCCAGAUUCAGGUAGAGCAGCAGAUAUGGAGGGGUUGGUCUAUCUCGGGUCAACGAGGGGAUUAUCCUCGGCCGAGGUCAGUGCGAGAUGA